AUGACGUAUGCUGCAGCCAAACUAGAAAGUCUGCCUCUACACGCAUCCAAGACUAUCAGCGAGAUCAGCGCUGUCUCAGAGGCAUUCGCAGUGACCAACGGAGUGAAGCAGGGCUGUGUGCUGGCACCAACCCUCUUCAGUCUUAUGUUCUCUGCCAUGCUGAUGGACGCCUACCGCGACGAACGCCCUGGAAUCCGCAUCGCCUACAGAACGGAUGGUCAUCUCCUGAAUCGCCGGCGCAUGAACUUCCAAUCGCGCGUAUCCACAACUACCGUGCACGAACUCCUCUUCGCCAACGACUGCGCCCUGAACACCACCUCCGAAGCGGAGAUGCAACGGAGCAUGGACAUAUUCGCCGCCGCCUGCGAGAACUUUGGGCUGGUUAUCAACACGCAGAAGACGGUGGUGAUGCACCAACCGCCGCCCAACUCAGCCGCAGCCCCCAACGCGCCGCAAAUCCAUGUGAAUGGGACUCAACUGCAAGUGGUGGAGAACUUCCCGUAUCUGGGCAGUACCCUCUCCCACAACACCAAGAUUGAUGACGAAGUCGCCAACAGGAUCUCGAAAGCCAGUCAAGCCUUCGGUCGUCUCCGAAGCACAGUUUGGAAUCGCCACGGUCUCCGACUGAGCACGAAGCUGAAGAUGUACAAGGCCGUCAUCCUGCCGACGUUACUGUACGGAGCAGAGACAUGGACGGUGUACACGAGACAGGCACGCCGACUGAACCACUUCCACCUCAGUUGUCUCCGUCGCAUCCUGAGGCUGAACUGGCAGGAUCGAAUCCCCGACACGGAAGUACUGGAACGAACGGGAAUCCCCAGCAUCUACGCCAUACUGAAACAAAUGCAGCUGCGCUGGAGCGGCCACCUGGUGCGCAUGGACGACGAGCGACUACCCAAACGACUCUUCUACGGAGACGUCGCGACGGGUUCUCGUCGUCAAGGAGGCCAAAUUCGCCGUUACAAGGAUACCCUGAAGUCCUCCCUUAAGCGCCUGCACAUCAACCCGACCAACUGGGAAGAGCUCGCUCGCGAUCGUCCGACAUGGAGGAGAACAGUGAAGACGGGCGCUGCUAUCUAUGAAGCCAACCGCAUCGCCGCCGCCAAAGCGAAACGCGAAGCCCGCAAAUCACAACUUCGCCCAGUCCGCAACGCCGCCGCACAACCUCCCCCUACGUGUCCUCGAUGUCAACGGACAUUCCGGGCACGAAUCGGACUUGUUGGACAUCUUCGGAUCAACUGCACCUCUCGCACUGCUCCAGCCAUCGUCCCCCCGCCCGCAUCUUCCUCGUCCCCUCUUCCGCCAACUAACUCUGACACUCCUUCUGCACCACCACUUCCAUCCUCCCUCUUCUCCUCUACUGCCCCAGCGGCGGCCGCUCAGACUGCCGUCUCACACAUCACCAACCCCGACCCAAUAACCGCCACCACCCCCACCUCUCCCGAUUCCAGUGAUGAGGAUCAGGACUACACCUGCCCUCACUGCGACCGCACCUUCACCUCUCGCAUCGGCCUGGUUGGUCACUUGCGAAUCCAUCGCACAGAGACUGGCGAACCAAUGCCUGGAGCACCAACCUACACUCACCGCACUCGCCUCCACUGCCCACACUGCCCUCGCACCUUCACGCAUCGCAUGGGUCUAUUCGGCCACAUGCGCAUCCACGAGAGCGGAAUUGAACGCCGCCUUGACAAACCCACCCCGCCGAGCCCCACUCCCAAUCCAUCACCUUGUGCACCCACUAACCACUCCCCAGCCGACAUCGACGCCACCGACCUUACCACCCCUCACUCCUCCCCUUUCUCCUCCUCUUCCACCUUCACUGCCACAAUGACGGCCACUCUGGCGUCUGUAGCGCAUGACUCGACCACAGCCGCACCUGACACAACAACAGGCACAACCCCUGCAACCUCCAUCAUCAGACGUGAGGGCCAGGGCUACAUCUGCCCUCACUGCGAUCGCACCUUCAUCUCACGCAUCGGCCUGGUCGGUCACUUGCGAAUCCAUCGCACAGAGACUGGAGAACCAGUGCCUGGAGCACCAACCUACACCCACCGCACUCGCCUUCACUGCCCACACUGCCCUCGCACCUUCACGCAUCGCAUGGGUCUAUUCGGCCACAUGCGCAUCCACGACGACCUGCGGUAG